AAUAGUUUUUUAUUGCGUUUUUUUAGAGAAGGUUUUGCAAAGGGAAGGGAAAAGGUUUUUGCAAUUUUGUUUUAGAAUUUUAUCAUUUUGUUUAGAGAAAUUUUGUUUUUAAGUUGGUUUUUAAAGACAAUGCAGAUGCAAGAUGAUGUCUGAUCAGUUUAGGAAGGUUGAGCCUUAUUCUCCGAAGUCCUCACCGCGAGGAGCGAGGUCACCAGUGGUUUCACGGCAGGAUUCCUCGGGAACCCUCAAAACUACCAUUUCACUCGGCAAGAAUCCUUCCAUAGUGCAUAGUGGACCUUUUUAUUUGAUGAAAGAACCUCCAGCGGAAUGUGAACAAACAGGGGCCACAAACUUGAUGGCGUAUUAUGGUUUAGAGCACUCGUACAGUAAAUUUAAUGGUAAAAAACUGAAAGAGUCGCUAUCAUCCUUUUUACCGAACCUCCCUGGUAUCCUGGACGGCCCUGGGCAAGAAGACAAUAGUACGCUAGGUUCUGUUAUAGCCAAGAGGCCGAUCGGUGGUAAGGAAUUGUUGCCGCUGACAAGUGCACAGCUGGCAGGGUUCCGGUUGCAUCCUGGGCCAUUGCCUGAACAGUACCGCUAUGUCAGCGCCGCUCCACCAAAGAAACACAAGCCCAAUAAACACAAGAAACACAAACACAAGGAUGGUGCACCCCCUGGUCAGGACACACCUUUACAAGACUCCUCAAACCCCGACACAUAUGAGAAGAAGCACAAAAAGCAGAAGCGCCACGAUGACGACAAGGAGCGCAAGAAGCGGAAAAAGGAAAAGAAGCGGAAAAAGCAGAAGCACAGUCCCGAACACGGAGGCCUAACCCCCAACCAACACCCUGUGCCCUAGGGUGCAGCUAUAACUUAGUUGUAAGGUAACAGUGGAAAUGCAUUCGAUUUGACACAGUGAGGGAGGUUUUUAUUUGAAA